GAUGUUAUAUCUUAACAAAAAGACAGCAUCUAUGUUGUUCACUUAAUGAAUUUGACAAUGGUUUAUGUCUUUUAUUUAGACAUACUACAUCACGUUAUUUUAAUUGUGAAUCAGUUUUAAGGAAAGUGGCUUGUGUAGAUGGGUUUUAGUGAUUCUGGUAUACAUUUGACUUUGGAUAAGGACGUAGAGGUUGUGAAUGCCAAGUAAAUACUCUUAAGAAUACUGGUUUACAAGCAUUGUGAGAGUACUUGAGGAUAUUUCAGAAAAUACUGUGUGAGCACCUUUGACUUUUUUAAAGCUGACUUCAAAUUGUGUUAUUGCACAACUAUGGAAGAAGGAGAUGAGUACCCAGUCAGGAGGUUCUCCCUGCAGGAGCCGAGGUCAGCUGUAGGAAGCACUCCAGUACCUCCAGCCACCCCUCCACGGAGACGACACACUGUCACACAGGCUCCUAUGAUUGGUAGCUUGGAGUGCCAGCACAGGCCAAGAUAUGUUAGAACAGUACCCAGGUACUCCAGUGACGAUUAUUUCCAAGAAGAGUCUCUCUUGCCGGGUCAGCAGUAUGUCCAUUAUUCUCCUACACGUUCACAUUAUCAAGGCAUGACAUUGCAUAGACCAGCAGUUUCACACCCUCUGCGACCAGUCCAGGAGGUACAGCCAUUUUACUCCACCCCAGUUUUCAACAUGAGAGGUUCUAUGGUUCAGCAAAGAGCUCAGUCAGGUCCGUUUUUUUAUGAAGAAAUGUUAAGUCCAGCAGAAGAGUAUGCAUUUUCUCCAACAAGAGAUUCUUCAGAAGUACAGGGAAUGCAUGAAUCUGUGGCAGGGAUAAGAUAUUCUCCAAGAAUGCCCUGUAAAAGCAUGUGGCCAUCUGGAAGGCAGUGCUCUGACCCUAUGAUGGAGGAAGAGUUUAUGAGGUAUCAGCCUCAGGCUGAUGUAAGCCCUUGUAGUCUUCAGUACAACCAAGUAGGUCAGCAGGUUGUGAAACAGAAUGCCCUUUCCAUGAACCAACCACAUUCUAUAUCAGUUGGUGGACAACAGUAUGUACCAGUCAAUUCUUUCAGUCAGAUGCCUGUAGCUUUUCAGAAUCCAAAUACAAUGGCAGAGCAAGGGUAUGACACACAAACAUACCCCGGUGUUGUUUGUGAAACUGCUCAGAUGAAUGAGCAGCAAUUGUCAGCUGCUAUGCAACCUUCCAUUCAACAGUUUGGACAGAAUGUCCAGAUGGUGCAACCAAUACAGCAGCAUGAGUCACAAAUAACUCAAACCAGUCAGCAACAAAUGAUUCAGCAGUAUCAGCAACAGCAGGUGCAGCAGCUGAAUCAACCAGUUGUUCCCCAGUCUGAUCUUUCUUGUCAGGGUGAGCAUCAACCGUCUCUCAAAGGUAUGGUAGGGCAAAGUUCUGGAAAACUUGGAGAUGAAGAUGACAUACCUGCUUGGCAAACACCGUAUGUACCAUUAAAAAGAGUUAAAAAAACUGCAUUGGUUUCUAGUCCGUCUGAAGAAAAUAGGCUUAAAGUUCCAGAAUUAGAGAGAGAAAAUAGUUCUGAAGAUGGAAGAGUUGGUGAAUCUAUCAUGAGAAACCAUAGCUCUGGAUCAGCCUCAAGCUCUCCUAGAUUUAAAAAGAGGGUAUCCUUUGAGGAUGAUCCUAUAAAUAGAGUAAGGUCUUUCAGUGCUCAGAGCGUGACCUAUGAAGGAAUUGGUCAUGUUGGCAACAAUGAAAGGAAGUUGGAUAGAAAAAUAAGCUACGAAGAAGAACCACCUAAACGGUUUAACACAUUGAAGAUAUUAAAGGUAGAGAAAAUGUCAGAUGGUACUGGAAGGCAGGAUGAAGUAUAUGAUAGACAGUACAGUAUUGACAGUAUUGGGAGCAAUGAGGUCUUCAGUAAGGAAACACCUGAAGAAUGCAACAAUAAGGAAGAAGAAAAUAAGUUAGCCAAAAAGGAUAGAGUAGCAGUUCUAAUCAAACAAGAGAGUGAACCAGGUUAUGUGUUGCGGAGAGGUUCAGAUGCAGUUUUGAUUGCAAAGACAAAGAAAGAGAGACAGGAGGAGAAGAGGAGGCACUCCAUGUGUCCGAUGACAGCCUACAACCUGCGUGGGUCAAGUACAGUUGCCAUCGACAACAAGAUCGAACAGGCUAUGGACCUGGUGAAGAGUCAUCUUAUGUUUGCUGUGCGGGAGGAGGUUGAGGUGCUAAAGGAGCAGAUUGCCGAGCUCAUAGAGCGGAACAAUCAGCUUGAGUAUGAGAACGGAAUCCUGCGAGCGGCUGCUAGCCCAGAGACCCUCGCCAAGCUGGCUCAGCCCCGACAGCAACCACCACCAUCAUCAUCUUCUUGAGAAUGCAGUCAUUUGCCUCAUUUAAGGCAGUUUGAAGAUAGGCUUAACUAAAUUUCGCUGCUCUGUCAGUGCUGAUUGGCUCUGCCCCUCGUUAAGACGAUGGGUUAACCAGCCUGCAUUCCAUCCUGAAGAAUGGUUGGAUAGAACAACCAGAAUGACCUACCGGAGGUAAUUGCUUGGUUUUAGCAAAAUAAGAGAUAAUUCAAGGAAGUACCAGAUUCAUCCAGCUGGAGUUACUUCUCUUGGUUGAAUCGUCCAACAUCAAAAGACAUGAGCACCAGAGUAAAAGCCAGUAGAGGAAGGACCACUGGACAGUGUACGGAAAGAUGUGCUAAUUUAUCGGGCCAUUCAAUAUCUCCAGAGGGGUUUGCUAAUGCAAACCUACAAGUACAAUCAUUGAAUAUUAUCUAGUCGUAUAGCUUGAACACAGUCGGCAUCUGAUAUUUUAAGGAAAUUGGACUGGUUUGGCGUAACUGUGAUGCAAGUGAAUUGAAAACACUCCAAACAUUAUUUUAUUGUUUGGAAAGGCUUGUGAAUACCUAUGAUACUUAAUUCCUGGCUGUUAUCAAGCUGAAGGCACAUACCUUGACCUCUCUUGCCAUAAAAUAUCUAUUGAAAAUGUUUUUUUUCCCUUUGAUCUUUUCUUCCUUCCAAUAAUCUGUCAUGUUAAAUAAUGGUACUAUAACCUCAUUGCCUUAGUGUACGUGCACCAUUUACUGCUUAAAACAAACAAUUAGUUCAUAAAUUCCAUCGUGUUAAAAGAGUCUUAUAGCUGCUAUAUCAUCAUUGUAACAAUGUAUUGCACAUAAUAUACAUGACUUGUAAUAAUCUUUUGCUUGUUUCCUGAGUAAAUGUUCAUAUUUUAGACGUUAAUAAUGCUUUUCUCAUCAAAGAAUUGGUAAUUUGUUUCAUUUAUGCAGAUAUGAUUGUAUGGGGAAAUCAUAAUGCUGUCAGAUUCAUGCAUGAGUAAAGCUGUUCAAACGUCAAAAUUGUUUUGUACAUAUUAAAAAAAGAAUGUGCUGCGAAUACGAUCAUUACUACAUAAAUUAUAUAUCAGGUGGUAAACAUGUAAGCCAUUUACCCCUCUGCCAUGAAUAUACUAAUUCUCUGCCAUGUAUAUACUAAUUUCCCUUUCUUAUGCUCUGUCUGAUACAUUUCUGUAAUUGUUCCACUAUUGGACCUCCUGUUGAAAAGUGCUUUAUGAUCUAGGCUUUGAAACUUCUCACUAAAUCAGUAUGAUUAUGCAUUUACCAAUAUUUGCUCCACCAGGGUUGUUGGGGGUAUAAAGGGACUGAAGACAGCAGAUAGUUGCCCACAUGAAGGGUUUUGGUUGCCCAUGUGUAGGGGUUUUUUUGUUGCCAAAGUGUAGGGUUUUGGUUGCCCACAUGUAGGUUUUGGUUGCCCACAUGAAGGGUUUCAGUUGGUAACAUGUAGGGUUUUGGUUGCCCACAUGUAGGGUUUUGGUUGCCCACAUGUAGGGUUUCAGUUGCCCACAUGUAGGGUUUCAGUUGCCCACAUGUAGGGUUUCAGUUGCCCACAUGUAGGGUUUCAGUUGCCCACAUGUAGGGUUUCAGUUGCCCACAUGAAGGGUUUCAGUUGGUAACAUGUAGGGUUUUGGUUGCCCACAUGUAGGGUUUUGGUUGCCCACAUGUAGGGUUUCAGUUGCCCACAUGUAGGGUAUCAGGUUUUGGACAUGUGGGAUAGUGGGUUUCCCACAUUGCAGGCAAUAAGAAUAAUUUCAUGUUAGCUUAAUGAAAGUAAGGGAUUUGCACAGCUAGCUGUUCAGUGUACAAAUGUGUUGGUAUAUUUAGCAAUUUAAAGAAUAAAUUUUUGACAAAGAUAUUUUAUCAGUGUUUGUAUGAAAGUAAGAUUGUAAUUUAAUGACAGUUUAAACAGUUCAACAUUGCAAAGGACUUAUGAUUAUAAGCAAGUUGAUAAAUGUCAGCUAGCAUUUUCAACAGUGUAUGUAAGGCCAUUAAUCUGAAUUACUCGCAUUCUUCAUAUCUCUCACUAUCAUCUGUUCACAGGCCAGAAUAACCUAAAACUAGUUGGGCUUUGUCUUGGGGGAUGGGGGGGGGGGGGGAUAGACAGAUGGAGACUUGUGCAAGAUUUGUUUGUCACAAAAGGGCAUUAUUGAUUUACUAUUCAAAACCUCACUAUUGCUGGAUUCCUGUGUAGGCAAUAUGAGUCACCUCUUGUUUACAUCAUUCUAUGGUGUAUGAAAUUCAUGUGCAAUUACAAUUCUUGAGUGCAUUUGCUGAUAAUAUUUUUGUAAAAAAAAGAUACUAUGAUUUUCUUAAAGUAUUUAUUGUCAUUUGGUGCAACAUUUUUGCCUUGAAUAUUGUGAGAUAAAUAUUCUUAAAAUGCACAAGUUAGGGCUGUAGAAUAUGCAUGUAAAACCUUUAUAACCAAUACAUUGUAGAAAGUAUUGGGGUCAGUUAAAGCAGUAUUAUUUCCAUCGGACUAUGUACAGAAGCUUCAAUUAUGUUAUUAUGUUAAUUUGUAUAUAAGCUCUUCUAGUUUAUCUUUUCUGAAAUUGUAAAUUAUGUUUUAAUAUCAAUCACUACAUAGAAAAAAAUCCAAAAAUAAAAUUAAAAUUUAAUAUUAGCUCCGCUAAACUUUAUUGAAUAUAUAUGUCAAGUGUGAGAUUUAAUAGUUACAUGUACAUGUUAACCUUUUAACAACAUUGAUUGUAACUUGUAUCAUUAUAUGAUCUAUACGAGCCUGUCUAUUCAUGUUUUUCUUUCAAUCUAUGAUUUGUACUCCAGCAUUUUGAUUAGAAGCUCCAUCUGUUUGGAGUCAAGUGUUGAUUACUGGAUAUUAAAUCUUAAAUCUGUUUUUGUUAUGAAAUAUUUAUCUUUAUUAAACUCAUUUUAAGCUAAUGUUUACAUGACACAUUGUAUCAAGAAAUUCACUGUGCUUUAGUUUUUUCUGUCAUAGAAAAGUUACUUAAAAUAUGAUGGUAAUUCAGAAUAUUGGUUUUCAAGUUAAAAGCAACACCUUUGAAUGUAAGUGAAUUAUUACAACUCUUUAUCUCUUAUUUACAAGGAUAAAAACUACUAUAAACUGAAUGUGUUAUAUGACAUGAUAUAUUAAAUCAAGUUGUUAUAUUGUUGACUUUGAAAAUAAUAAAUACAGUAAAAGGA